AGAUACUAGAUUACAGUGCACCGUUCUGAACUGGUGUUUUCCACUUUAAACAACAUGCUGGACCUGGAUGGAUUCUGUACAACGAAGAAUCUUCUUAACCUCAGGAAGGGCCAGCGACGGUAUCUUUUUGCCCACUAUUAAAUGUCAGUGACGAGGCAGUUCAGCAACCUGAAUUUCCCUGCUGUUGAAGCCGAUGACACAGGACAGACCCGCUCUGUGUAGCUUAGCUCUAUGAGCGUAGCUCCUCCUACCGGAGGAGUUUCUAAGGAAUCGGUUACUCAAGUUCCCAUAAUACUAGGCACAAUGGCCGCUCUAGCUUGGUCGUAGAACGGGGGCUGUGGAUGUUUUGAAAUCCAUUAACAUCGCCCUUAAACUAGGCCGGGUUGCUGCCCAGAGCCACGAAAAAUAAACUGGAACAUAUUCUGCACAUGAAUAUAUGAUAAUUUCUAACCAAUAUCAAAACUGCAAAGAGAUAAACUGGCAUAUUAAAGCGAACAUGUAAACAGUAGCUACCAACGGGGUCAAGUUUUUUUUUUAGUUUGUGGGAAAAUAUUGCCCAUUGAUAACGGACUAUACUUAUUUCUGAAGUCAAGGGCAGUGAAAUUGUGGAUCUAAAAUAACUUAUUCAUUGCCAUGUGUCGGGCAAGGAUAGCCAGCUUAAUGGGCGACUUCAAUCUUUUUCCUUUUUGUUUUGACGAAAAAUGCUAGCUUGCUUGCUAGCGAGCUAGUUUGAUAGCAUUGGCUAGCUGGCUAAAUUACACACAAGGGGAGAGAAUAGUAAAAUAAUCGUUUUGGGAUUUUGUUUCAAGCUCUUAAAACAUUCUUUGCGGAAAGGCAGUGUUCACCGACUUUUUGAUACGAACAAUUUUUUCGUAUCUCAAAAGAAUUGCCGCUUGACCUGACUGGAAUGAGCCGGGGAUAAACCUUGAGGACAACGUGGGCAGACUUGAUUCGAUAGGUCCGAGCCUGGGAGAAGGACCGCUGCUGACGUGAGGCAUGCCUGGAUCAGACCGACAACAUGGGACCAAGAGAAAGCCAGAAUCCAGCAGCACUAGCGUCUCUGUGCAACCUCUGCAGCCUGCUACAAGCGCCAACAGCGGGCCUCACCAAACCUCAGGGUCGCGUCACAGCUCUGCUGCUAACAUGACCAGUAAAGACGGGAAACCACAGUCCAAAUCUCCGGGCUCGUCGUCUGGCUUGACUUCUAAGCACAAACGGCAUAAAUCAUCGAAGCACGGUCGUGAGUCCUCCUCAGCGGCGUCAGGAGAGGCCACAGUUUUCACUGCGCCGAGUCCUGGGCCGCCACCUGCAGUCGGCGCCAUCAAGCCUCUAGUGGAGUAUGACGACAUCAGCUCCGAUUCCGACACCUUCUCAGAUCCACCGGCCAGAGCUGAGCGGAGAGAUGAUGAACGUUCAGAGUCGUCGGAUUACUGCAGGGGUGAUAACGGGGGCGGGGCAGACGGGGCUAGAGAGAGGUCUCAUAAACACCGGCAUUCCCGAAAAAAAUCCAAGGACCCGCAUAGAGUGAGGGAGUCGGUGGACGGGGGAGGGAACUCGAAAAAGAAGAGCAGUAAGGAGCGAGACAGGGAGAGAGAGGGGAAGAGCAAAGACAAGCUCUCCUCCUCCGUGGCAGGACUGAAGAGACAGGAGGCAGGUGUCUUGAAACGCAGCGGGGAGUCUCCGUCCUCUGCAGUCCAGCCAGGGCUUAACCUGGGGAGUAGCACCUCAUCGCGGAACAAAGAGGCCAGCCGGUCCAAAACCCGCAAAGACAAGCAGCACCGUGAGAGCCAGGGCAGGACCUCUUCUAAGGGGGAGCGCUCGGACAGGGGUCAUCGCAAGUCCUCCAAGAGUCACAAGUCGAGCCCCAAAAGUAAGGCUUCAUCCCGUAGCAGCCCGCGCCGCAGACAGCAGACUUCUGGCUCGACUUUAUCUCCCAGCCCUCGAAGGGGGGACAGUCCUUUGGGAAUGGGGGUCUACGGGGGAGAGGUUGAGGACAUAUACUCAUCACGCCGUAGGGCCCAGAGCCCAAGCCCUUACCGGGAGUCAGUGAGACGGAGCAGACAGCGCUCAGACAGCCCCUAUGGGUCAAGACACAGAUCCUCCAGCUAUGAGAGGGAUACCAGCCCUUAUUCAUCACGGAAACGGCUAUCUGUCAGUCCCUAUGGCAACCGGAGAUCUUCAAGUGCAAGUCCCAUGUCCAGACGUUCCGCUCGUUCCCGGACGCGCUCACCUCCAUACUCCUCCCGCCGCUCCUCCUCCCGCUCUCGCAGUAAGAAGCGCUCGUCAGCUGCAGCCAGCGGCACCCACAGUAGCCGGCCGACCAGCCGCUCCCCUUCCUCCUCGCGCCUGCCGAUCGCCUCCAGCCUGGGGGCCGAGCUCAGCCGCCGCAAGAAGGAGCGACAGGCGGCCUCGCUUGCCGCCUCCCGUGGCUCGUCCCCCACCCGCCGGACCGCAACGCCCACAACACCCUCCUCCCGUCCCCGAGACCAGGAAAUGGAGACGUUGGACAGGACGCCCAACCCAGUGGACAGGGCUAUGUCCCAGCCUGCUGAGCCGCUGCCCCCUCCCCCUCCGGACGCUCCUGCUGAUGUGUCUCUCGGGAAGGAGAAUGCGGCUCCUCUCCCCCCUCUGCCCUCUCCUCCGCCUCCUCUCCCACUCACCUCUCCCCCGCCACUUCCUCUCACCUCACCCCCUCCUCUCCCGCCAUCCCCAGCCACUUCCUCUAUCACUGCUCUGGCAAAGUCCCGCCCCAGAUCACCAGCCAAUCAGAGCCACACGCGCAGCCCCGCCCACAAAGCUCUGCCAAUGAAAACCUCCACAUUGCCGCCACUCCCGCUGCCUCCAAUGCUCCUGGGAGAGAUCAGGGACAGCCCAAAGAAGAGCACGCCUCCGCAGCGUUCGUCGCGUCGGGAGAAGGAGCGGGAGACGCGGACGCGCUCCCUGCUCAGCGACCUGCCCCUGCCCCCUCCGCAGUCAGGAGGAGACUCCUCCCCUCCACCGUCGCCUCCGCAGCAAGUCCUCCCUCCUGUGCAGCCAACCUACAAGAAGAGACCAAAGUUCUGCUGUCCGCGGUAUGGUGAGCGAAUGCAAACCCAGAGUGACUGGGGCAAGCGCUGCGUGGACAAAUUUGACAUCAUUGGCAUCAUUGGAGAAGGCACCUAUGGCCAGGUGUACAAAGCCAAGGACAAGGACACAGGCGAGCUUGUGGCCCUGAAGAAGGUGCGUCUGGACAAUGAGAAGGAGGGCUUCCCGAUCACGGCCAUCCGGGAGAUCAAGAUCCUCCGGCAGCUCAACCACCGCAGUGUGGUCAAUAUGAAGGAGAUCGUCACUGACAAGCAGGACGCCCUGGAUUUCAAAAAGGACAAAGGUGCCUUUUACCUGGUGUUUGAGUACAUGGACCAUGACCUGAUGGGGCUGCUGGAGUCAGGCCUGGUGACCUUCUCCCACGAGCACAUCCGCAGCUUCAUGAGGCAGCUCAUGGAGGGCCUGGACUACUGCCACAAAAAGAACUUCCUGCACAGGGACAUCAAGUGCUCUAACAUACUACUCAACAACAGUGGUCAGAUCAAGUUGGCCGAUUUCGGUUUGGCCCGGCUGUAUAACUCUGAAGAGAGUCGCCCCUACACCAAUAAGGUGAUCACACUGUGGUACCGCCCGCCUGAGCUGCUACUGGGGGAAGAGCGAUACUCCCCUGCCAUCGACGUGUGGAGCUGCGGGUGUAUCCUGGGAGAGCUGUUCACAAAAAAGCCCAUUUUCCAGGCCAAUCAGGAACUGCUGCAGCUCGAGCUCAUUAGUCGGCUGUGUGGUAGUCCCUGUCCUGCUGUCUGGCCAGACGUCAUCAAGCUGCCCUACUUCAACACCAUGAAGCCCAAGAAGCAGUAUCGCCGACGGCUACGAGAGGAGUUUGCCUUUUUACCGACUCAUGCUCUAGACCUGCUGGACAGAAUGUUGACCCUUGACCCCUCGCGACGUUGCACAGCAGAGCAGGCGCUCAACAGCCAAUUCCUGUGUGACGUGGAGCCCAGCAAGAUGUCGCCUCCUGAUCUCCCUCACUGGCAGGACUGCCACGAGCUGUGGAGUAAGAAGCGACGCAGGCAGCGCCAGAGUGGGCUGUCUGAGGAUGUGCCUGUUCCCAAAGUGCCCCGCAAGGACCCCGUCGCACCCACCAGCGGAGAGAACAGCCGGCCGCCGCCCAGCCCCCCACCCCCUCCGCCGUCAGCACGCCCAGCCCCGGCAAACAUCUCAGCCAAUGAGCUGGCAGGUUUGAAUCAGACGGAGCUGGCUGUGCUGCUCAACUUGCUCCAGGGCCAGACGGACAGUCUCCCUCAGAUGGCCCAGCUGCUCAACUCCUCCACCAACCCCUCCACCCCCACCCGUCCUCCCCCCAGUAGCACCUCUUCCAUCGCCCCCUCGGCCGAGCCCCAUGCGCCCCUUCCCCCCCAGCCCCCCCCUCCUGAGCCCGACCCCACCCAGCAGCUAGAGCUCCUGAGCCAGACGCUGUCCUCCAUCCUGCAGCACUCGCAGUCGUCGUCCUCCUCCUCCCAGCCGCCCGCGCCGCCCGAGGAACCGUCCGCACACCCGCACCGGCAGCCUCCCGAGCCGCCGCCCCAACCGGGCACCGAGUCGGCCGCCGGCACGCUCAGCCAGGAGGACCAGGCGAGCUUGUUCGCCCUGCUGCUGGGCCAGUUCAUCAAGCAGCCGCCGGCAGGGGGCCCAGGCGCCGCGGAGCAGGGCGCUGACGAGAGCAACGGUAUCCAGGCCGACGAGGUGGCGACGCGCGGGCCCCGCGGUGGGCCCGUUGUUGGCGGCGAUCGGAAGGAUGAUGCACUGAGGAAAGUGAAUGCUCCUGACCGGAUGGACUCUGAGCGACGGCCCCCAUCACCCCCCCACCCCCCUUCCCAGCAUAGACUGACUGAUAACAUCAGUCCCACGAUGGCCACGGCUCUGCUCCAGCUCAUUUCCCAGCAGGACUCCCAGGGCAGGCCUCCUCCACAGGAGCCCCAGGCCAGCCAGGAGCCGUUCCCCCAGGGCACUGCCAACACAGUGCCUCAAAACUGGACCAUACGCCCAGAGAAUUCCCCCCUGACUAGAUCAGCGCACCCCACCCAACCCCAAUGCGACGCUAACUCCACUACCAAUGUGACGGCUAACGCUACAUCCAGCUCUGUGCAGUUCCCCAGGGACCAGGACUUCCGUUUCACCCAGAUGGGUCCACCCUGAGCUGGAAGGCUGCUUAAAACACUGGGGCCUAGGACCACACGGAGAUCAGCGAUGAUGGAGGAAAGCGGUUCUGAGUGUCUGUCAGAGCUUUUGCUGAGAAGGGAGGUCAUUGCUGAACAUUUAUUCCACAUUCUGGACAUCAUCUUGUCUUUCCUUAUGCCUGCAGUACCCUCUCCACUAAGACAUAAUGAUCAGCAGUUGUUGUUUUUCCAAAUCUGGUGAAAGACAAGAAUUGAAACGAGUGAAUGUUUCUGUAUGAAUGUGCUUUUACGCACCAUUUCAAAAAGAUGCCACAACUUAUGUGUGGCAUAAUGGCUCUAUAAAGCGGGACUUAAUUGUUUUGGGUAGUUUAAGGCGGGUCAAAAGUUGUGUGAGGGAAUGGGGUAGUGGAUGAAAAUUUGUUUGCUUUUUAAAAUUCCCUUUGAAGUAUGAACCCUUUUGCUCUUGUGCCUCCUGUGUUACUAUCGUAACUCUUAAGUGGCAUCUGUCUGGCAUUCAAUGCUUUCGUUAGUGUGUGUUCUCUUGCACCGGCAGUGCUGUUUCAGAAAUGCUCCGCUCAGUUGCAUUGGAGUUCCUUUAAGUCACUGAGAUUGUCCCAAUUUUUUUUUUUUUUUUUUUUUUUUCAAGCUAACCCUAUCCCUUUAUCACAACUGGCACUCAAUAUAUUGAAACUCAGAUAAUGGCUGACUGAGAGAAUGUCCAAUAGAUUACCAAUCACUCCAUUCUCUGCACGCUCAGUCAUUCCGCCCAGAUUAUCCAACAAAUUGGCCCUCUAUUCUUCCAUUAAAUCUGACUAAACCCAAUUCUGCUUUCUCCAGCAAAUUAUGAAGAAAAACAGACUGAGUUAAAUGUGGUUUCUAUGAUAUUUUGUAUUGUAUUUUUUUUCUUUUCUGUUGAUUAAAAGAAAUCAAUUGAAAUCA